CUGUUUGAGGAUUGCUCAACGCUUGUGUCACCGGGAGGAGGAGUGGACUGGGCUGCUUAGGGCGGAGAGAAAGCCGAAACAUCAGUCACUCACUCUCUGGCGCUCCGGGAGUGUGGGGCUCUCUCUCUCUCUUUCUGUCUCUGCUUCUCUCUCCUGUCUGUCAGCUCUCCUUAACUACUAAGUCACUUCUGAGUGGCAGGUACCUUGUGGAUUUUAACAAGAUAAAGGAAUGGAGUCCAAUGUUGUGAAUUGUUUCUAAGUCUUUACGCACGACGUGUUGUCAUGGCACACCGCUCCAUCAGGAUGAACUUGCAGUGGAGCAACAGCCCGGUGACGUGCCUCCGUUAUGGGAGACCCGCAGCUCACAAACGGCUGGACUCGGACGACCAGCCUCCAGCCAAAUCCCCCAGACUGAGCACUGAAGCCGGGGACACGCAUAGUCUUAUUUAUGGAUCUUCUCCCACCUCACCAACAACCCCGAUCCCCAGGAGCCCCAACCCGCACCAGGGACCGUCCAGGAUAGGACCCUUCUUGCUUCUACCUCUAUCAGAGCGGGAGAGUACCCACAACGCCAUAAACACGGACACAGGAGAGGAGCUGCUGUGCAAGGUGUAUGACAUGGUGAUGUACCAGGAGAAGAUCCGUGCCUAUGGGAUCCUGCCCGCUCACAGAAAUGUGGCUGGUGUCAGGGACAUCGUCCUGGGCGAGAGGAAAGCCUAUGUGUUCCUGGACAGAGACUUUGGGGACAUGCACACUCUGGUGAAGAGCUGCCGUAGGCUGGAUGAAGAUCAGGCCUGCAAGCUCUUCCAGCAGGUGGCACUAGCAGUGGCUCACUGUCAUCAGAACGGGAUAGUGCUGGGGGACCUCAAGCUCCGCAAGUUUGUCUUUGCAGAUGAGAAAAGGACUCAGGUGAGACUUGAAAGCCUCGAGGACUGCCGUGUUUUGGAAAACCCAAAGAAUGACUCCAUGUCAGACACACACGGUUGCCCUGCUUACGUCAGUCCGGAGAUCCUGAGCGGCUCUGCUCCAUACUCAGGUAAAAUGGCGGACAUGUGGAGCCUGGGGGUCAUGCUGUACACCAUGUUGGUGGGCCGCUACCCGUUCCACGACCCGGACCCUGCCACACUGUUCUGUAAGAUCCGGCGGGGCCAGUGCUGUGUGCCUGAAGGCUUGUCUCCUAAAGCCAAGUGUCUGCUGCAGAGUCUGCUGAGGAGAGAGCCAUCUGAGAGACUAACUGCAACAGAGCUGCUCGCUCACCCCUGGUUUCACCAGCCACCAUCACUACAGGAAGUACUGCCAACAGAACAGGAAGUGAUGUCAGCAGAGCAGACAGUGCCAACGUUUAACGUGGAGAGAGAUGAGGAUUUGUUCUGUUGAUGGACUCGUGUCAGACUGAGGGACCAAAAGACUCAAUAACCGGGAUCUAUUGUUGUUGUUUUUUUUUUUACAUUGGCACUUUUCAGAUCUCUGUCUGUGUACUGGUGUAAAUACAUCCUCAAGCAUUUUUGAAAUAUCCACUGUACUGUAUAUGUCUUUGUGUUACUUUCUAAGGGCAUUUUCACAAUGAUUUUCAUUGUGUUUCUAAUCGUAUAUUUUUAUAAUAUAUUUUGGUGCUAAAAGUGUCUCAAUGACUUCAGAUCUGGACUGAGCGCACACAUGAGCAGACAGGGGCAGAAGGUAGGGGCAGACGGGGCAGAUGACAGGAGCAGACAGGAGCAGAUGACAGGAGCAGACUGGUGAGAGUGGGUUGUAGGCUCUACCGUAUGACUCACGGGGUGUCUGUAACAGAGGAACUGUUCGCACAGGCGGAUGUGUUACUCUGAGUGUGGCAGUUUGACCAGAGCCAGAGCAGGGCAUUACAACCUCACACUCACACAGAGGCUCUGAGUGCAAGACUCUGAUAGAGAGACUGCCACACACAGCAAGAACACCAGGACAGGCCUGCCGAUCACAGACAAAUAUCUAUUGAGUAAUUCUGUUCAAUGUCACUGUUCAAAAGUGUAUCAAUGUUUCAUGUGAGCAUCCAGAAACAACUCCAUAAGUCUGUAUUUGGCAAUUGUAAACCAAAUUCCAUUAUUGAUGAAACUAAUAUCCUAGAGUGAAUAAUUGUAAAUUUUAGAUCAUGUCCAAUAGAAGCACAUUGGAGCGGUUCUGGUCUGUUGUGCUGUGCUACGUGAACAGCGCCGAGUGUGGCCCCUGUAUCACUGUGUUGUAUAAACUCUGAAUCAGGUCUGGCCCUAUUUGAUGUUUCUUGUGACUCAACACUUGAGCUGUGGUUUGACCUCGGCUGGAAGAAUCUAUUCUGACCGCUUCACCUCCAAAUGGAACUUUUAUAGUACUUUUUAUUGCUGUUAAUUCGUUGGGGCAUAGUCAUUAGCGCCAUGACAAUGAUGUGCCAUGAACUCGGGGAAGUUGCGUUUCAGUGACGUUUAGCUUCACAGGCUUCAGUUUUGUUUUGGUAGUGUCAAGUCUGGCACAUCUGAGAAACGCUUAUUUAAUUUCUCACAUAAAUGGCUCCUAUGAGAUACGUAACACUUUGCUUUCGUCUGCAUUUGGUGCCAGAUAGGAACCAAAUUGUGAAAAUAUAUUUGUAGUUGAAGUAGUUUCAGUAAAUGUACAUUAUAGAGUUAGACAUGCAUCUCUGUGGUGUAUUGAACUGACACGGGUGCACAGACUUCUUAUUGCACUGUGACAUAUGUAUUAGUGACACAACCUAGAGACUUGUGGUCUUACAGGUUACACAACAUACUGUAUGUAUAUUCAUUGUAUAGACUGUAAAUAUGUACAUAUGUUUAUGUGUGAUGCUGUUGAAAAAAAAUCACAUUUUAAUAAUC